CACAUGCUGGCCUCUUGGAUGGAGAUGAAACACUGGCCAGGUAUGUUGUGGAGUUGCAAAAGGAGCUGGCUGACAAUCAGUCAGAAGCUCAAUUAUUCCAGACCGUGCCAUUAGGGUUACAGGUCCAUUCCUUUAAACCAGGGGGAUUGGGUGCUGGUAAAAAAGAUUUCCUGCACCAAUCCCCUGGAACCCCAGUGGGAAGGGCCGUAUCAGGUUUUAUUAUGUACUUAUUCUGCUUAAAGGUUGCAGGUAAAAGUUCAUGGAUUCAUCACAGCCACGCUAAGCCGGCACCUGCACCUUCUCCUAAUGAGCCACCUCGUGAAUGAACGUCACUGCUAAUCCGUGGACUGAACCCUCCAAUUAUUGGGAUCUCCACACUCCACCAGGAUUUCUUGCUUUUCUAUCAAUUGGACUUACACUGGUAGUUUUGUUCUUUGUGUGGUAUAGGAAAGGAUGUCAGUAUUGGUAUGGUUUGCCCGGGGGUUCCUCUCCCUAUUCACAAAUCCAAUAUAAGGGUGGAAGGGAAACAGUUUCUUAAAUUUAACUCGUGCUAUAAUACAAAGUGUGAAUCGGACACAAUGCUGGAUUUGCAUUCAUACCCCCACACACAUAGGCCAGGGAGUCCAGUUAGUAGGGGUAUCUAUCCCCCUCAACAGAACCCUCCAGGCCGGAUUGUGGAUAAAUACUACAUUUAGCUGGAAUGUUAUGAUCCAGACAUGGUCCAUUGAUAUGGUGGCCCAGGGUAGUUAUGCUUUUAUGCAUAUCACGGAAAAAGGAUAUAGAUAACGCUGUCUUUGUGGGCAACUUUAUGGGGUGCAAUGUUACCACUCGGAUCAGUACUGGUGCGGCAAUCCCCUCCAGUUACUCCAGGGCCCCAUUGCCAGUCCCUGAGGGAUCUGGCUGGUAUUGGCUAUGUAAUCAUACGGCUUAUAAGACCCUCCCAGCGGGUUGGUGUGGCACGUGUACCUUGGGGGCCAUAGUACCUGCUGUCACAGUACACCAAACCUUGAUCCAGGGAGAAAUCCGCAACCUCAUAUGACGGAGCCAAGAAAGUAUCCCUUCAAAUCCCCUUUCUGAUCGGCCCACAGGCUUUCAUUCCUUCGUACACUGGUUUUUGCCUUGGUUAGGGGUAAAUGAAUUAGAGAAGGCUAUAGUAAAUAUUUCAGCAGCAUUAGAAGUCAUGGGAGAUGCUACGGCAGACACCUUAUCUGUCCUCCAGACAGAAGUGACUCAGCUAUCUCGGACAGCUAUGCAAAAUUGUUUGGCCCUGGAUUAUCUCCUUGCAAACCAGAGUGGGGUUUGCGCCCUGGUUAACUCUAGCUGUUGUGUGUUCGUGAAUCAACAUCGAUGGGUGCAGACCAACAUCCAUACCAUUAUGCAGCAAGCCACCUCAUUUCAUCGCAUCAGCCUUGACGAUACCAGCACCGGAUUCCAAGAGGCCCGGAACUGGCUGACUUCAUGGUUACCAGACUUGGGGGAGUGGGCAUCACAGGGGUACAUGGUACUUCGCAGAUCCAUACAAGAAGACAAAAUUCCUGUCCUCCUCCAGACCUGCUGCUUCCAUGAAACCUGGAGACAAAUUGAGGGGCAAUCAGGUGCUGAUGGACCAUAUGGACUGAGAGAGUGUUUCCGGGAAACCCAGAGGACGCUUCAAGCAGGCAGCAGGGGGGUUUCUGAAGAAUCAGAAAUGGCUCCAGUUAAAAUCAACCACGUGGUGUCCUUCACCUCUCAGGACCCCAGGUAUCCAGUGGAGAAUCUGCUGCGUGACGAUGGCAUUCACCCUUGGCUGAACAGCCUCCAGGAUCGGAGCAGGCAGCUGAAAGUGGAGCUGCAGCUGGAACGGGCUAGUUCUAUUGGGUACAUAGACAUAGGGAACUGUGGCUGUGCCUUCAUCCAGGUGGACGUGGGGCGCUCCUUCUGGCCGCUGGAGCAGCCCUAUGUUACCAUGGUGCCCAGCACUACACUAAUGACGCCGGCUGACUCGAAGCUGGACAGGAACCGCUCCGGGGUCCGGAUGUUUAAAGAAGGUGAUUUCCUGGCGGCAGCAUUGGGCGAGAAGUGGGAUCGUGUGAGGAUCACCUGCAGCCAGCCCUUCAACAAGCAGGCCCAGUUUGGCCUCUUCUUCAUCCACAUCCGCACCCCGUUGGACCCUGAUCACAGCCAUGCGGCUCCAGCUCCACCCCAGACGGGUCUCGAGCCCGCAGCCAGCCCCUGGCUCGCCAGCCCCGCCUUUCUCAGGACGUUUUUCCCGGAGGUGCAGCCGAGCAAGGGUGAGGAGGAGGAACUGAAAAGCCGACUGCAGCUACUGGAGCCCAGCUGCGGGCCUCACCCCCGCAGCCCAACCUGUUUCAGCCGGACAGCCAGGAUGGUGCUGUCGGCAGCCCAGUCGCGCAGCCGCACUCUCCAGCCAGGCCCCAGUGGCACCUCUUUGGCCGCUGAGAGACAGGGGGGCAGCCGGGGGCAGCAGGGUGAAGAUCCAUCCCUGAGCCCUGUAGCAGCAGGCUCCGUGCAGGAUGUCCAUGACUCUCCAACCCUGAGGAGGGUCCGGGUGAAGCCAAGCAGGAGACGAAGAUCUCAAGGCACCGCAGAGAAGUCAAUGCCCAGGCCUGGCACCCAGGCAGGAAGAGCCAGGAGCCGGGGAGGAAGGCCCAGUAAGCUGGAUGAUGAUGUAGAGGCAGGCGGGGAGAUGGGCACAUGCCCCAUCUGUGCGGGCUGCUUCAGCACAGAUCUCCUUCCUGUUCACGCCUCCACCUGUGGGGAAGAUGGCUCCCUUCUAGACACAGCCUGUCCAUCCCCACCAUGGGAGGAUCCCCAGCACGAGGAGACCCCUGAGACUUGGGUGCCGUGCCCCAUCUGCGAGUUCUCGUUCAGCACAGCAGAAGUGGAAAGGCACGCCAGCACCUGUGGGGAGCAGGCAGGAGCCCUGGAGACCCCCCACUCCUGGGUGUGGGAGGACGAUAGCUGGCUGCUUCUAGGCAAGGAGCGACCGGCGCAGCGGAGUGAUCUGCUGGCCAUGGAAAGCAUCUUGCAACCCAACUGGAGGGAGAUAAUCAACAAGAAGCUGAAGUUCCCCAGGGAGCUCCUCGAUGCCAUCCAGGAGGGGAAUCUGUUGCGGGUGCAGCAGCUGCUGCAGGGGAGCGACGGGAUCCUGCAACAGCAGGCUGACAGUGAGGACCGUGUGUGGCGGGAAGCCCUCAACCUGGCUAUCCGCACGGGUGGUGGGGAGAUCACCGGGACCCUGCUGCGCUACGUUAAGUUCGACUUCCGCCAGAUCCACGAGGCCCUGCUGGUCGCCGUGGACACCAACCAGCCCCAGGUGGUGAAGAUGCUGCUGGACCGGUUGGACCAGGAGAAGAGCAUCAAGAUGGACAUCAAGUCCUUCUCCUUGGCCUUCUUCGACCGCUCCAUCGACAACGCCCGCUUCGCUCCCGGCGUGACACCACUCACCCUGGCCUGUGAGAAGGACCUCUACGAGAUCGUGGACAUGCUGGUGCAGAAAGGCCACACCAUCCCCCGGCCCCACAAGAUCUCCUGCACCUGCCUGGAGUGCAGCAAUGGCCGCAAGUACGACCUGCUCAAGUUUUCCCUCUUCCGCAUCAACACCUACAAGGGCAUCGCCAGCCGGGCCUACCUCUCCAUCGCCAGCGAGGAUGCCAUUCUGACCGCCUUCAAGCUCAGCCGGGAGCUGCAGCGCCUCUCCUGCAAGGAGCCGGAGUUCAAGCCAGAGUACCUCAACCUGGAGCUCCUGAGCCAGGAGUUCGCUUUUGAGCUGCUGGGGAUGUGCCGUAACCAGAGCGAGGUGACAGCCGUGCUGAACGACCUGGGGGACAGCGAGGAGGAGGAGGAGGAGCUGGACAGCCAGGCCUUCGAGGAGGGCAUCCCCAACCUCGCCCGGCUCCGGCUGGCUGUCAACUACAACCAGAAGAGGUUUGUUGCCCAUCCCAUCUGCCAACAAGUGCUGUCAUCCAUCUGGUGCGGGAACCUGUCGGGCUGGCGUGGGAGCAACACGCUCUGGAAGUUCUUUGUCUCCUGUUCCAUCUUCCUGACCAUGCCCCUCCUGUGCCUGGUGUACUGGAUUGCCCCAAAGUCGCGGGUUGGCAAAAUGCUGAAGAUCCCAGUGAUCAAGUUCCUCCUCCACUCGGCCUCCUACCUGUGGUUCCUGAUCUUCCUGCUUGUGGAGUCCUUGUCCCUGGAGCACCAGCAUCACAUCUUCUUGGGACGCAAUCAGACUGUGUGGGAGAACUCCCUGCACAUGGUCUGGGUGGCUGGCUUCUUCUGGUACGAGUGCAAGGAGGUGUGGAUCGAGGGGCUGCACAGCUACCUCCUGGAUUUGUGGAACUGCCUGGACAUUGUCAUCCUCAGCCUGUACCUGGCCUCCUUUGCCCUGCGGGUGCUGGUCACCGAGAGGGGCUACCUGCACUGCCUGGACACCCCUUCCUCGCCGGAGUGCUACUACUUCACCAGAGCCGGACGGCACGAAUGGCAGCCCGAAGAUCCCCAGUUCGUCUCCGAGGUGCUGUUUGCAGUGACCAGCAUGCUGAGCUUCACCCGCCUGGCCUACAUCCUCCCCGCCCAUGAAUCCCUGGGCACCCUGCAGAUCUCCAUUGGGAAGAUGAUUGACGACAUGAUCCGGUUCAUAUUCAUCCUCGUGAUCAUACUCACGGCGUUCCUGUGCGGACUCAACAACACCUAUGUUUACUACCAGGAGUUCCAGCGGCUGGGGAACUUCAACGAGACGUUCCAGUUCCUGUUCUGGACCAUGUUCGGGAUGGAGGAGUACAGUGUGGUGGACAUGCCCCAGUACGCCCUGGUGGAGUUCGUGGGGCGGGCACUCUACGGGAUCUUCACCAUCGUCAUGGUCAUCGUCCUGCUCAACAUGCUCAUCGCCAUGAUCACCAACUCCUUCCAGAAGAUAGAGGAUGAUGCGGAUGUGGAGUGGAAGUUCGCCCGCUCCAAGCUCUACCUGUCCUACUUCAGGGAGGGCCUGACGCUGCCUGUGCCGUUUAACAUCAUUCCCACACCAAAGUCCCUCUUUUACUCAGUCAGGGGCAUCUUCCGGUUCCUUUGCUGCUCCAAACCCAAGAGGCAACAGGAUUACCCCCCGAUUCCCACCAUUGCUAACACUGCCCUGGAGGACAUCGGCCUGGGUGGGGAGAGCCGCCGUUCCUAUCGGCUGCAGGUCAUUAAGGCUCUGGUGCAGCGCUACAUUGACACGGCCAGGCGGGAGUUCGAGGAGAGCAGGAGGAAAGACCUGGGGAACCGUAUCACCGAGCUGAACAAGUCGGUGUCGCGCCUGCACGCAGAGGUGGAGCGCCUGCAUCACAGCUGGCCCGCCCGCCCUGCUCCUGCCAGCCCUCGGGAUGGGGCCAGUGUGCUGCACAGAUAUAUCCUGCGAGUCCAGGACAACUUCCAGAAUUUCAGCCAGGCCUCAGGUAGCUCCAGCCCAGGCUCCCCCGCCAAAGUGAUGGUGCACCAGGCAGAGGGGGCUGCCGGGACCUACCCUAAGGCGCUCCCCCUUGGCCCCCAGCACGCGAUGUCUCCUGGGGACCAAGCAGAAGAGCCAGAGGACCCAAGUUCCCGUCCAGCAGAGGAAGCCGACUCCGGCCACAGCCUCUAGUGGCUCAAGGCAGCGUUUCCAUGGCGACACAGAGCCAAGCAAUAAUAGCAACACUCAGCACUUCUAGUGCAGCCGAAGGGUCUCAAAGCACUUUGUAUGCUGCUCCUGCUGGCUUGUGCCCCAGCCCAAGCAAGCAGGGAGCUCGAUGCCUCUCCCACACGGAGUCGGGGGAGGGGAUUGAAGCGUGGCUGAUGGCCCAGUCAGGCUCUCUGUCCACCAAGCAGCUGCUUUGAUAGAGAGCAGUGUCUGAGUAGCUGAGCUCCCUGCCCAGUUAUUAGGCAGAUGGGCUGUAGCACCAGCUGGGUUUCUUUUACAUUGAUUCAAUGUUUAUGUCAAGUCCUUGAGUGUUACAGACUGGGCCCCUGCAACUUAAAUAUAAAGCCCUGGAAAAAAUACCUCCACCCACUGUCCCACCACUGACAUGCUUCCCCCUCUGGGGUGCUACGAGGCAGCUGACUGACAGCGAUUGUUUGAUCCGAGGGCUGCCUGAGUCACAGUGGAAAGAGAGAGAGCACAGGAGCCAGGAGAUCUAUUUGAAGUGUGUCUGAGCAGGGGGCUGGCCCAGUGGCACAGGACUAGCACAAGGCACUGUCAUGUUGGGGACCCUGCCUCAGGGCCAGGCUGGGAGUGCUGCAGGGUGCUUGGAGAGUGGGGAGGGGGUUGACUUGUCCUCUAGGGCCCAACUCCAUGUGAUGCUGGAGUGGAACAGACAGGCUGUGCUGUGAGCUGUGUGCAGCCAUUGUAUAGACUGUCCCAUGUAUCCGUCUGGGAGAGAAAUCAAGGGGAUUCCUAGAGACACCGAAGCCAGUCCCUGCCUUCCUGGCCUGCCAGCUGAGAUCUUGCUUGUAGUCUGUUAUGGGUGCAAUUCUGCGAUCAGGAGGUAGCCAGUUAAUGAACCCAGGCAGCUGCUGCCUGGAAGUGUGGUUCUGCUCUGAUGUGUGAUAGGCCGUGUGUGUGUAUGUGUGUGUGGGGGGGCGGGUGGAAGGGGUGAUCCAUGCUUGUUGUGGCUCAGUGACUUCUGCUCAAACUGUUCAAUUUGUGAUAAGAAGAAUAUUUUGCUUUGGGGUCCCCCCCCCCUCUAAUCUCCAGCUCCCCAAAUUCCCAAUGGGGUCUGAGUGUCAAGCUGGGUUAACUAGUGCUUCUGCGUGCUCCCGGGAACAUUUCCAUGGAGGUUAGUGAGCUUAGAAUCAAAGCCUUCAGCACAUUUCUCACGCCAGUUUAGUUAGUGCCCAGCUGUGUCUGCUAUAGAAGAUUGACUAGCUACAUUCCUGAAGCCUGGGAACUGUCAGGAAGUUUCGAAGAUGUAAUAUUCAGACAGGCUCUGUCCUGGCUUCCGAUCUGUAGCUUAGUGUUUGUAGCCCAGAAAGUGUAGUAGGUUCCGCCUGGGUCUUUAAAACAAUGCACAAUGGAAAAGGGGCUUAUAAAUAUCCUAGCUCACUGCGGAAAUAGGAGUGAAUCAAGCCCAGCUUUGUGUCUUUAAUGCCUUGUAUUCACAUUGUAGAAUAAACUAUUGUUUCGUCCCAGUAAAUACAGCAAA